AUGGUUAAGACGGAGAUCAACAAGAUCAACAAAGAGAAAUCAAAACCAAUGCAACGAAAAACAUCAUCAACAUCAACAUCAACAUCAAAUGAGAUGAAGAGAAAGUACAAAGGAGUUAGAAUGAGGAGUUGGGGUUCUUGGGUAUCAGAAAUUAGAGCACCAAAUCAGAAAACAAGAAUAUGGUUAGGUUCUUAUUCAACUGCUGAAGCUGCAGCUAGAGCCUACGAUGCUGCACUUUUAUGUCUUAAAGGUUCCUCAGCAUCAAAUCUUAAUUUCCCUUUAGAAAAUUCUUCACAUUUCAUUCCUCAAGACAACAUUGCUAUGUCACCUAAAUCAAUCCAAAAAGUAGCUGCAGCUGCGGCCGCUGUAUCAGUAGCGGCCGCAUCCGCUGCUGGUGUGGAUAGUAAGAAUAAUGAAAUUGCUAUUAGCACCUUCCCCACAUCUCCACCUGAUCCUGUGUCAUCAUCUUCAUUGGUUUCAUCUCCAUCAAUGUCAUGUUCUCCUACUAAUCAAAUUGAUGAUGAUGUUUCACUUUUUUCAUCUUUUGGGGCCUGCACGAAUGAUCACCAAGCAACAACAAAUGAAUCAAUGGCUAUGAAUAUGAAUAUGAAUAUGAAUAUGAUGGAUUGUUGGUAUGGUUUUGAUGGGUUAGAAUCUCCAAAACAUUUUGAUCAAAUGCUAAAUGGUUCUUUGUUUGAUAUCGAUUCAACUCAAGUGCUUCUUGAUGAUUAUUAUGAAGGUGACAUUAAUUUGUGGAGCUUCUACUAA